GGGGCUCAGGGUACGAGGUUUUAUAGGUCUUUCCAUCCUUUUUCCUCCUCUCUCUAUCUCUAUUCAUUCAGGGUCCUGCCUAUAUCUGAACUUGCUUCCUUCACUCAACAUCUUUUCGACCUGCAACACCCCUCAUUUAUUGUUCCUUUUUCGUCGCUGCAAACAGUAGUGAUGGAGCUAGAACUUGGAAGCGACUAAACAGCAACCCCUUUUCCCUUCCACCCCAUCCUUCUCCCUCUUUAAUUGCCAUGGCACUUCUGAUCUGAUCUGAGAAUCCUUUUCUUCCCUUCCGUUACCCCAUUCUCUUUCUGUCUAUCUGUAAAAAAUCUGCCUUUCCAUCUCUUUCGAGCUUUCCUUCCUUCACUCCCCCAAAAUGGCCGCCUGCUCCCACCAGUGCAGCAUGUAUGGCCAUGGAAAUCAACGCCAGCUUUUAUUUCUCCUCAUUUUCUCAAUUUCAAUCUUCUCCCAGUCUGGUUUCUCGGCUCAAGGCAGGGUAAUGCCAAAGCAACUCGUGGAAGAUGGUUAUAUACCUCAGCAGGUGAGAAGAAUGUUGAUAGGGUCAAGGCCACCAAGAUGUGAGAAUAAAUGCAGAAAUUGUGGUCACUGCGAGGCUAUCCAGGUCCCCAUAGUUCCGAACCUUAAAAACCAACCUACAAUUAGAAGCAGCCAUGAUUUGCCCAAGCAUAUAGCUUAUAACAGAGAGGACUAUCUCUCUAAUUACAAGCCCAUGUGCUGGAAGUGUAAAUGCGGUGACUUAAUCUUCAACCCCUGAAUUCAUUCAUUUGUUCAGAAUAAGGUGAAGAUGAUGAUGGGGAAUGUCUAUGUCCAGAAUUGAAAAAAUCAAAGCAAAGAAACCCAUCCUUUUUUUUCCUUUUCUUUACUGUUUUUGGUGUAUGAAGAUAAAAGAGUGCUCUUUAACUGUCUAUAUAUUUUUGUCAUGUGUUGUGUAUGUGAUCCAAAUCUUGAAUGCUCUGAAGAAUCCAGAUUGGAUUAUGGUAGAUGAACCGGUCGGGAUUAAUUAUGACCUGCUAUAUAAUUAAGUAGAUAAACGAGUGGUCCUAAGAUCCAAUUACAAUUUACAAUCUCAUACAUUUGCUGACUUUAAUUGCAAAGUUAUAAUGAUUGUAUAUUUAAGUGGGCGUAAAUGACAUUUGACUCCUUAUUUCGAAAGAC